UCCAUUUUUGGAUUUCGUGAAAAAUUGCUCACUAUAUGUACGGUAACUAUAACGAUACCAACAAACUAAACUUUUUUUCUACACAGAACAUCACUGCCAAGUUAAAACGAUCCGUCUACUCAAGGUCUUGGGAUCAUACAACAAGUGUGCAUCUCACAAGUAGGUCACUGCCCCCUACUGGCCAUUGCGGCUGCAUUUGUUGGUUGUAGUUAGAUCUUUGUGAUUCAAUCCCUCGCACCAUUAUCAGCUUGAACUUCCGGGGGCACGUUAUGCACCGCUGUAUCAAUGAACGAUGAAACGAUGUUUGGAACAAAAUGUAAAAAACACUUUUUUUAAUUUUUUUUUGUAAUUUCAUAGUUAUAGAGCAGUAACUGUCCAUUUGUAUUUUAGACUUUUUUGUUUGAAAACUUUUUAUUUCAGAAAACCGUGCCAUGUACACAAACCUCCUCCACCAAUACAUGCCGUUGAGGCCUGAUCCAUCAGGAACCGCACAGCUGAUAAACAUAAACAGAACAACGCAAUAGCUCUCAUCUCCGACUCUGGUCAUUGAGUCAUCACAGCACGCUCAUUCAGUUCAGUUCUCUCGGCAAGGAAUCUCCUCGCAUUGAGACUCGUUAAGCCGGGCAGCGGGGCAGGUCAACAGCGUUGAGUUUCCGUUGAUGAUUGUGGGGCCCCAUCAGUUGGCCUGCUGACCGACGUCGAAGCUGGCAGCAUUCGGAGCCAUAUGGUUCUCUGCGCGGUAGGUGGUUUAGCGAUGGAGUCAGUUGAAUCUUUUGAGUUGGAGAUUUCGGUAACAAUCAAGCGGAUCAUUAAUUUAUGUCGACUAUUUCUAUACAACUGAGUGUACUAAGUUUGCCAACUGCCUGCCGACUGUUUGAAAUAGAAUUCGAUCCGAACACCCCAGCCAGGACGCGUCUCGUUAGUUGAUUGGCCAGGGAUAUAUCAACAAAUCGAAUCCCUCCGGAGCAGAGCACAUUCCCGGGUUGAAAUGUGGCUGAAAGUUGCGCUGAGCGGGAUCAAAAGUUGAAUAAGCUGCGGUUAUGGCGCGAACGGCAGCGCGGAACUCGUCGUUGAUUAGUUUCCUAUGGUGGAGUGCAAUUUCUAUACAUAUCUGCGGCAUCGACUUCAUUACCCGGAGCUUCCGGCGGGACGACGCGUAUGCGUGCUGGCAAACUUAUGUUGAAUCUGGAACGCCACUAUGAAGUUGAUUUUGAUAGUCGCACAAGCGUUGAUCGUCGCGAGAUCGUUGGAGGCAAAAACCGUUAUCACAGCAAGUGAUUCGCCGGAAGAAUCGCGUCCUUCGUUGGAAACUUAUAUGCAGGAGAGAAAACAUCUCAUCGAGAAAGAGCAGGAAUGUUUUUUGGGUUCAAAGAUCAUCCUUAACGAACAGGAAACGAUCGUGAACAAGUGCUUGAUGAAGCUGAAGAAGCGAGAGUUGGACCUUGGCUAUAAAAAUAGCUUCAACUUUAUCCCGGCGAGACAUUUCUUCGAAAUGCUGGACAAUAUCAACAAUUCAGCGCUGUUCAAGUUCAUACGAAAGCUUCCGAAGGGUGGAGUAUUGCACGCACAUGAUACGGCACUUGGAGGUACGGAUCUGAUCGUGAAUGCUACGUACAGAGAAAAUCUCUGGCAGAAGGGAUCGUUUGAAGAUUUAGAAGGACCAAAGUUCUUCUUUAGCAGGGUGAGUCCCGGUGAAGGUUGGCAACGAGUUUCUGACGUUAGGGUUGGUAUGACGGAUGUCGUUUACGAUGCAAAGAUCGUGGAUUUGUUUGGUCUGUACGAUGCUGAUCCGAUCAACACCUACAAGAGCAUCGACAAAGUGUGGCAAAAGUUUCAGAAAAUGUUCUUUGCCUUGGAACCACUGGUAACGUACGAACCAGUCUGGAGGCAGUAUUACUACGACUCGUUGCAGCAGUUUUACGAUGACAACGUGCACUAUCUGGAGUUUCGAGGAGUUUUGCCAAAUGUGUACAAUCUGGAUGGGAAGAUCUUCAACCCAGAAGAGGUCGUGGAGAUGUAUAUCGAAGAAACAGAACGAUUCAAGGAAUCUCAUUCAGCCUUCUUGGGAGCAAAGCUCAUUUAUGCACCAAUCCGAUUUUGCAAUGAUACUGUUGCCGAUUCGUACCUGGAAACAGCCGUGAACCUUCACCUUAAGUUUCCAAACUUUGUCGUUGGGUUCGAUCUCGUAGGACAGGAAGACACUGGAAGACCUCUGAUCGACUUUGUGCCAAAAUUGUUGGAUCUUCCGGCAACGAUCCAGUUUUUCUUUCACGCAGGAGAAACUAACUGGUAUGGCAUGAAUGCAGAUCAGAACUUGGUCGACGCCAUCCUGCUGGGAACCAAGCGCAUCGGCCACGGUUACGCCUUGGUCAAGCAUCCUCACCUGCUGAAGGAAAUCAAACGUCGGCAAAUCUGCGUCGAAGUGAACCCGAUCUCCAACCAGGUCCUCAAACUGGUCCAGGACCAGCGAAAUCACCCCGCGGCGGUAUUCUUCUCGGACGACUACCCGGUGGUGGUGUCCUCGGAUGAUCCGUCCUUUUGGCGGGCCUCCCCGCUGAGUCACGAUUUCUUCAUCGCCUUUCUGGGCAUCGCCUCGUCCCGGCAGGAUCUGCGCAUGCUGAAGCAGCUGGCGCAGAAUUCGAUCGAAUACAGUGCGAUGGCGGAGGCCGAGCGGAAGCAGGCGUUGAAGAGCUGGCAGCACUACUGGGACAAGGCGAUGCACGCGUUGGCGGAGGAAAUAGUGCAGCGCAGAUCCGAACAUGGGUGUGAGUUGUGAGGUGGUUUGUUGAGGACUGUUUUUUCGUAACUUGUAAAUAGAUACAUCAAUUGAA